UUAAUAGGACUUUUUGUUUUUGGGUAGUAUUCGCAAGAGUCUUCCCUCCUCUUUUGGCUACUCCAUACCUGCCGCCUCCUACAAUUCUAUCUCCUUUUCCAUAAAGAUUCAAUAUUGAAGCCUGCGCCAUCUUGGAUCUUACAUUUACUUUGUCGGUGGCGGAUCAAAAACCCCAAAAUUUGCUUAAAGAUCUAGCUGUAGCUGUUAGAUCUUUGAAAUCCCUGUGUUCUCUUUUUUUUUUCUUUCUGAAUCUGGGUCUUUCUCUGAUCUGUAAUGGGUUUGAGAUAUAAGGCUGGCUUGUUCUUGAUAGGUACCGUUGUUGUUAUUUGGGUAACUUCUGCAGAAGUAACCCAGGAUAUCUUUGCUGACUAUAAGCAGCCAUUUGCGGUUACAUAUCUUGGAGCUUCUCUUAUGGUAAUUUACCUUCCAAUAGCGUUUAUAAAGGAUUGGGUAUGUAACUUGCUAAGACGUCGUUCUUCUAAAACUGUUAAAGAUAUAGAAAGCACAGAUGAGACUUCCAACGAACUCAAUUCUCCUUUAAGGCACAAAAUAUAUGAAAUGGAACUUCAAGGGACUUUGGUUAGGAAGGACAGUGAUGCAGAUUUUUCACCUCACAUAGAGGGUAAGCCGUUGGUUUCUAAACAAAAAGAUGAAGUUCAGUUUCUGAAACAGGACAAACAGCUUACUACAAGGGAGAUUGCUACCAUUGGAUUUUAUAUUGCUCCUAUCUGGUUUGUAACAGAGUAUUUAUCAAAUGCUGCUCUUGCACGUACAAGUGUUGCAAGUACAACAGUGCUGUCCUCUACUGCAGGACUUUUUACACUUUUUAUUGGUGCUUUUCUGGGUCAAGAUUCAUUAAAUGUUGCAAAGGUGGUUGCUGUAUUUGUCAGCAUGGCUGGUGUUGUCAUGACCACUCUAGGAAAAACUUGGGCUGCUGACGAUUCUAUAGGUUCUGCCAAUGGGAAACGCUCUCUUGUUGGCGAUCUUUUUGGCCUUCUAUCAGCCAUGUCAUAUGGGUUAUUUACAGUUCUGCUUAAGAAGUUUGCAGGCGAGGAAGGAGAAAGGGUUGAUGUUCAAAAAUUGUUUGGAUACAUCGGACUCUUUACACUUGUAGCACUUUGGUGGCUUGUUUGGCCUUUGACAGCCUUGGGAAUAGAACCCAAAUUUACAAUUCCACACUCUGCUAAAUUGGAUGAAGUAGUCCUCGCAAACGGCUUUGUUGGAAGUGUCCUCUCUGACUAUUUUUGGGCCUUAUGUGUUGUGUGGACGACUCCUCUAGUAGCCACAUUAGGCAUGUCACUUACCAUCCCUCUUGCAAUGGUGGCUGAUAUGCUCAUUCACGGCCGUCAUUACUCGGCAAUUUACAUUCUUGGCUCAGCUCAGGUGUUUGCUGGAUUUGUAAUAGCAAAUCUUUCAGAUUGGAUGUCGAGAAAGUUGGGAUUGUAGCAUUUGGGGAAAUCAAAUCAUCAAAACCAUAUAGCUUAAUUAGAACACAUCUUCAUUCUUUGUAAGGAGCUCAUUGUCUCCUCCAUUUGUUGUAUAAACUUUACUGAACUAUGGUUUGUUUGCGAAAUUGAUGAAAGUAAUCUUAUCCUGUGCUCAAUCUUGUAAA